CACAAACUGCACGCGCGAACCAUGCACACUGUAGUUAGGUUUUGUUGAAAACGGCUCACUUUAAUCCUCACUGCUGCAUAAAGUGAAGCUAGAUCCCAGUAAUGACCACAAGCAACAACUGUACUGUUCUUAAAGAUGUGGUUGCCUAUGUUGAUGUGUGGUCCUCAGACAAAACAGCAAACUAUUCGAAACCAUUCGUUCAGCAGCUGCAGGAAAUGGGAGCUCAGGUAUCAAAAACAUUCAAUAAACAAGUCACACAUGUGGUCUUCAACAAUGGUCACCCGGCUACAUGGAGAAAAGCCAAGAAAAGUGCCGUGAGGCUUGUCUCUGUUCUCUGGAUAGGCAGAUGUUAUGAUGAGGGUGUGCGUGUGGACGAGGAGUUGUAUCCAGCCUUAAAUGAUGAAAGCAAUCCUGUGUUGAAGAACAAGAAACAUCGUUGCAUGCAGCCUAAAGAUUCUCCAGAGAGGACACCUGAAAAUGACAAGCGCAUGAGGAAGAAAUUAGACAAGAUGAUGAAAGACCUAGCUCCAAAAGAACCUCUGGUUACAGAUGUGUCGCCCAUCAUCAUUGAUGAAGAGAAUGGAAUAGUUUAUAGCCCUGCGCUGAAAAGAUCAGAUUACAUGGCACAGCGUUUAAGAGACAUGAAAGAGAAACGGGAAAACCUCUCACCCACAGCUUCUCAAAUGGUUGAAUCCUGCUCACCCAUCAGGCUGAAACCUUCUCUUGGGAGCACACCGACCGUCCUCAAAUUAAUGUAUGACCAGUCGGAUGAUGAUUCCAGUGCGUCUGUUGCUGAACCUACUUACUCACCUGAUAAAGAAGAAGGGAGAACACAAGUUGAUGCCACCAACCAUGACCAUUUUGAACAACACCACAGGAGAGGCUCCAAAAAACCAUGGCUCUCACCCUGCCGUGAGGGCCCAAAACGGAUUUCAAGUCCUGUGAAAUGUCCUGACUUCAAGGAUGAAGAAGGGACUGGACAAAAAAAGUCGAGACGGACCUCAGUCAGAAAAAAAACAGCAGAGAAACACCAAUCUGUAGAUUUAUUAGAGAGUCCUUGCCAAGCUAAGACAUCUGACAACAGCAAGAACUUUCAUAAAGAAAAAAGGCAAGCACAGAUGAAAUCAUCUAGUCCGUCACCUAACAAAUCUGAAAGGGGAAAGGGAAAAAUUAAAGCUGCUACGUCCUUUAUGGCGACCGAGACCCAUUUUUGUUCUGGUGCUGCAAACUCUUCUAGUUUACUGUCAUCUGCAGCCAAAUUAGGUGAUGCUGCAGUUGAACUGUCAAAGGAAACUGCCACCCCGUUACAAAAAAUACCUAAACGAGCCAGACAGUCACUUUCUGCUUUGGCACGAUCUUUCACUCUAUCCACCGACUGUAAAAGUGUUGCCUCAGAUUCCACUGAUCGAGAUGACAGUGUGUUUGAGGACUAUUUCUCCCCAGCUAACCACCACCAGAGAUCAAAAAGACCUUUGCCUAAUCUUCCUGUGGAGACAGACAUUCAGAUUCCUUUUGAGUUGGAUUCUGUACCGAAGAAGAGAAAACAAAGAAGAAGUGAAAGCAUCGGAUCUGAAAAUAUGAGUAAAAAGAAGAGGAAACUGGGAAAAAGUCAUCAGUCUGAUGCAAGCAGUGAGUCUCAAAGUCAUCCACAACAGGAUGUUAAAGAUUCUCUGCCUGUGUUGGAGACUCCAGAUGCCGAUGUUACAAUGGUGACUAAAAGACGAAGACAAAGCACUUUGCCAUUUACAAACACCAGCACAAGUAACAGUGAUGCAGUGAAGCGGAGGAGAAAAUCUACACCAGUACAAGCAACAAUGUUAACAGAGGCUAACACAGAGUCCGAGCUGCAGAAAAACUCUGUCAGUGUCCUUUCUCAUAGCUUGGAAAGUAGAGGAAAUGUACGAACGGUUGCAGCUGGUUUAACAGAGGUUCCCUCUGAGGAUGAAGAAAAAAAUCACAAUCAGCAAGUCAGCUUGAGUCUUCAGAGCAUGGUGAACAAAACAAAGGCUAUGAGAACACUGGUCAUGACGAGCAUGCCUACAGAGAAGCAGAACACUGUGAUUCAGGUGGUGAAGGUGCUGGGUGGUUUUUCAAUCGUCGAUCGAGUUUGUGAGAGCACAACUCAUGUGUUGUCUGGUGGUCACCGGCGGACUCUCAAUAUUCUGUUGGGCAUAGCUCGUGGCUGCUGGAUCCUGUCUUUUGAAUGGAUCCUCUGGUGUUUGGAGCAAAGGCAGUGGAUUCCAGAGGAACCGUAUGAACUUUCAGAACAGUUCCCUGCAGCACAAAUCUGUCGUCUCCAGAGGCACCUGUCUGCCGGAGAGCACCAGCAGGACCUGUUCCAGGACCAACCAGCCAUGUUUGUGUCCCAGCACUGCCAGCCGCCCCCUGAGAGCCUGGUGGAGCUGAUCCAGCUCUGUGGAGGAACAGUCUGCAAAACGGUGCGGCAGGCGGGCAUCUGCAUCGGGAGAUACAGCGGCAAGAGACCAGAGGGGAGCAGGAUCCUGUCGGAGCAGUGGGUGCUGGACAGUAUCACACAUUUGAAGCAGCUGUCAUAUGAUAAGUACGACUUGGAGUGAAAGCUGUGAAGUUAAGAGACUUUAUGUUGGACUGGUCCUCAGUUUCUACCUUACAGAGUUCCUCUUGUGCAAGUUUAUCCUGCUCUUGUGUUCAGAGGCUUUACAGAAACCUUCUCAAAUCUCAAAUAUUCACUUUUCAAAGACUUUUGGUCAAUGGUUACCAUGGAAACCUGUUACUUCAGUGGACUGUCAACAAUCACUGUGAAACGUGGAAAACUUUUUUCCCAAGAAAACUCCACAAUCACCACUAAUGUGUCAUAGUGAGUUUUUAACAAGACAUGAGCUUGAACCUCACACUUAUAAAAAUGUGAUUUUAAAAAUACUUGCUGAGCCAGUUUAAUACGCUAAAGGAGAGAACAUACUGUAGCCUGAUAGACGUGUUUUGUGAUGUUACAUUUGUAUUUGUAUGGUUUUUAUCAGACAUAUAUAUUGAAAUACAGUUACAAUAUUACAGAAUGACAUGUGUCUUCUUCCAGGGUCUGUCCAGGCUUAUUCUUGUUUUUUAAUUAACUACUGAAAGAAAAAAAUGUUUGCAGUCCAGCAGCAACAUUCAGAUCGAGCCAGACGACCAACAUCAAGGAAAAAAAAACAAAAAUAAAAGGAAACAACACUGGAGGAGAUCAAGGCAUACCUGGUUCAGAUACACAUUAUUUCUGAUGUCUUUGUGAAUAAAAUUUUGAUUUUAAUCUUUGGCUUUCUUAUGUUCUGUCAAAUGAAAACAUCAGCAUAUUUCUUCAACCACGCUGCUGAUGCCCUCUAGACGUAUUUUUUUGUGUAAUGAAACUUUCAGUUUUCCACAUUUAUUGAAAUUGCACUGUGACAAAAUUCAUUUUACUGUUACUUUUUCAAAAUCACUGUAAUGAGC